AUGGAGGAAGAGGGCAAGAUCUCAGUGUGGGUCUGCCGGGAAGAGAAGCUGGUCUCUGGGCUGACGCGCCGCACGACCUGCGCUGAUGUGGUGGGCGUUCUUCUGGAGGAGCAGGGAGCGCGGCUUUCGGGUGCACAGCAGUCAUACUGUAUAGUGGAGAAAUGGCGCGGCUUCGAGCGCAUUCUACCCAACAAGACGCGCCUGGUGCGCCUGUGGGCAGCCUGGGGAGACGAGCAGGAGAAUGUACGUUUUGUACUUGUGCGUAAUGACGCUUCUUUGCCAAGUGGACCGCGCAGCGCCGAAGCCAAGGUGGUCCCGAGCAGAGACAGCCCGGCAGGACCCCGGGGACAUGGCUGGACCACAGUGUCACAGGACAAACAGCGGCGCGUGGUGCGCAAAGCCUUUAGGAAGCUGGACAAAAUAAAUCGGAAAAAGGAGCAGGUGGCGCACAAGGACCAGGCGUCUGUGGAGCGAAUGGAGACAUUAGUCCAUCUCGUGGUCUCACAGGACCACACCAUCCGCCAGCAACAUCAGCGCAUGUACGAGUUGGACCGGGACAUUGAGAGGUACGAGGCCAAAGUGCACCUGGAGCGCGUUGAGCGCCACGGCCUUAACUAUGUCCAGGACACCUACCUCCAGGACGCAGCGGACGGCGCAUGUGCUGAAGAGCGGCGCAGCGUGCAGGAAGCGCUGGCGCAGUUUGAGGAGUACGCACAGCGCUGUGAGGAGCUCGUACGCGUCCAGGACGAGCUGGCAGAGCGCGAGGAGCUGGUGGACCGCAUCACUGCUGAGAUCCAAGAAGAACUCAACCAGCGCUGGAUGGAGCGCAGGCGCGACGAGGCAACACCUGGAGACGGAUCUGCAGAACAGGAGGCGCGUGCAGGUGACCCAGAAGAGCCAGACCUACUCGUAGAAGAAGUUUCAGAAAAUGAGCUGGUUUUGGAGCAGGAGAGGAUCAGAACUCAGUUGGACACCAGUCUUUACAUCGGACUGAGACUGAAAACAGACCUGGACUCCACCCGAUCUCAGCUGGACUCCAGUCUAGCGCAGUGGAAGCACCGAGAGCAGGACCUGUUGAAUCUGCUGGACCUCCUGGCCCGAGAGGACCAGGAGGACUGUGUGGCUGAACCUUCGGACACAGGGGUGGAGACUGGAGGCCCAGAGGAGACACUAAGUUCUGGAACAGAGCUAGACCACAAUGGGACCUGGGUGGAGCAGGCUCGAGGCCUGUCCAAGUCUUGCACUAAUGACGAGGACUCGGACACUGGUCUCAGUUCCAUGCACAGCCAGGACUCCGACCGCUGCACUCCGGUCUGCGAGUCUCUGGUCUAG